AUGUUCGAUUUCUUAAAGGAUAGCCAUCAAGAAGUAUACGGUCAACAACACGAAGGUAAAUUCUCUCAUGAAUUAAUUGCCGGUGCCGCCUCCUUCGAAGCCGUUAAAUUAUUCGAAGACAGACAAAGAAGAGAAGGUAAGCCAGUCAGUCAUGCCUUUGCCAAAGAAGCAUUAGCUGGUAUUGCUGGUGGUGAAGUUGACAAAUUAUUUGAAACCAAGGGUUUAGAUUAUUUAGAUAGGGAUCAAGCUAGAGAUCAAGCUAUUCAACAAGCUCAAAGAGGGUAUGAACAACAUUACGGUAACCGUGAUCAAUGGACUCCUGAUGCUCCUCCUCCAUUUGAUUAUCAAUCUGACAGAUAUCGUUAUUAA